UCGACCGUCGCAAGGGAUCGUCGUCGGAGCUCCAGAGUUGCAGGCCCGCUGCAAGGGCCUCUCCGUUGGGGCUCGCACUCUCGCGGCUGCGACUCUGUGAUAUCUCUGUUCUCCAGUCAUCCUGCUGCCGUCCCUCCCAGCGCCGCCCACCUCUCCUCGUAUUCUAUCUGUCCAGACACUUGUGUCUAUCGGUCAUUGUGCGACACACUCGAUGCCCGAGUGAGACUAGCUACCGGCAAGACUAGUACUCCGUUCAGUGGCAGAUUCUCGGCAAAGAAGCUUCGGGAAAUGGAGCGGCUGCAUUGGAUGAAAGGGCCCAAACCUGUGCUGCAAGGGCUGUCUGAUGCAUUUUGUGACAACUGGAGAUCCACUUCCCAUCAGGCCCAAAGACUAUCCGAUUACACCAAGAAAACCGGUGUUCAUUUCGCUGUUGGAGCCGAUGGAGCGAUAAAUCGUGAGGAAAUGCCACCGGCAUCACAAGAACCUUAUUAUACUACAUCCUCCCAGUCGCAAGCAUCACAAGCAACUCCCACUGUGCAAGUGACUCCUACCGUGCAAAAGACUCCUACUGUGGAAGGGACUCCAGAACCGCCUACUUAUACACACGUGGUGUGUGUUGUUGGGCAUAAAAAGGAAGAAGGGAUCGAUUGUUUUGAAGUCCAAGAAAACCAGGGAGUGAAUGCAUGGAACGGUGGGUUCAGAUUUGUUGCAGAGUCUGCCUUUAUAGCUGCGUAUGUGCCUGAGGUGGAAGAAAUCCAGUCAAAUGAAGUUGUGGACAUCUCUAAAUAGAAUGGUUGUUUUCCAAGGGAUUAAUUUUGUCAUGUGUAGAGUUAACUUGAGAGAAGUUUUGGAAUGCUACAAGAUGAAUAUUUUGGGAAAUGCUAGAAUGCAUUAUUGGGAAACCU